UAGGAUGGAGCAUAAAAAUGGGGAAGAAAGACUAAGAUCAAAGUCACCAGCAAGGAGGCUGAAUACAUGAAUAGGAAGUUGAGGUAGGCUCAGAUCUAGCGAGGUAAGUUGUCAGUGGCUGCAAUUACUCAAGGGAGCGAGUGAAAAGAGGACUGAUGGAACCCUGCGAACCAUCACUCUUUAAGAAAAUGGCAGAGAAAAAAACACCCCUGGAAGGAGGCCAAAAGAGAAGAGUCAGAGAGGAAAGAGAAUUCGGGGAGUGGUGUCAUAGGAGGCGAACAGAGGAGGAGGCAAGGAGGAUCAGAGGGAACAAUCGUGUAGAAUGCUGUACAGAUGUCAAAGAAGCGUCCACAGGAUUUGGCAAAGGUGACCUUUAGUGGCGCGGGCGAGAGUUCCACUGUAACAAACGAGUGAACGACAGAGUAAGCGAGCGACUGAGCGGAAAAAGUGAAGGCAAGUAAGUAAAUGAAUGAAUAAAUCAAGCGCUGUGCCUUCCUUGCCCGGUGAGAUUUUCAGGGCCAACGUCAGGAGAUAACGCGGAGGAAGAGUCUUCCCGACAGGGCUCUGGAUGCCGUGUAGGAAAUCUGUCAGCCUCGCUAACCUUACUUAGGGCGCCUCCAAGGUCAGGGUCACCUCGGGCCUCGGGUUAACCUGUCACCUCCAUGACCCGCUUGAAGAGCCGGAAGCGACGGCACGAGCUAGGUCAUCUCGCGAUAUUUGGCACGCCGGCGCCUGCUUUACGGACCUAGGCACAGAGGCCGGCUCUCGCGAGACUUUCCUGGAGUGGGAGCGCGGGGCCCGGCCGUAAGGAGAGCUGGAGCUGCUGGUGGGGAACAUGUCGGAGUCAGAGCUCGGCAGGAAGUGGGACCGGUGCUUGGCGGAUGCAGUCGUGAAGAUAGGUACUGGUUUUGGAUUAGGAGUAGUUUUCUCACUUACCUUCUUUAAAAGAAGAAUGUGGCCAUUAGCCUUUGGUUCUGGCAUGGGAUUGGGAAUGGCCUACUCCAACUGUCAGCAUGAUUUCCAGGCUCCAUAUCUUCUUCAUGGAAAAUAUGUCAGAAACUUGCUCAGAUCCUCUCAGCUGCCUCCAGACCAGUCUCUGCAUGCUGGAGAACUGGGAGCAGGUGAACCAUCUCUGCCCCGAAGCCAGGGUGAGGUAAUCCGAGGGACAGUGCAAGCAGAGGCGCAGCUGCAUGGCACCAAAGCCGACAACAGGCGGUUUCUGCCGCUCCCUGACUUCACUUCCUGGCACCGGGGAGCUGAACACUGGGGAGGACAGAUAGGGGCUGGGAGACGAGCUCCAGGUUUUUUAAUUGUUUAAAAGGUUUGCAUUGUUUCAAACUGAGUUGUCAUGGGUGAUGGCUUAGGGGUGAUGAUAUUCGUAUUAUGCAUAUUAUGUAUUUAACGUCGGGGAGUUACUGUGGAAAAUAUUGUUACACUUUUUACAGCCUUGCAUGUACCAUUCCAAAAUGACCUUGUAACUUUAUCUGAACUUGAGUCUGUGCCUCGAUAUUGUCAUGCUCUGCUCCCUGAGAAGCGGCGCAAAAUCCCAGCUUGGGGCUUGGCAGUCACGUUAUGGUAACUGCUUGUUGAGUGCUGAUAUGCCCUGAGGACCAUCCUAGGUGCUUUCUCUUUAUAUCCUUUCUCUCUAGACCUCCCAAUAGAUUCGUGAGAGAGGUGUUAUUAUCCCUGUUCAGCAGUGGGAAACGGAGUCUGACUGAGGUUAAGACACUUGCCAGGGAUCGCAUAAUUAGCAGGCUGUUUGAUUCCAGAAUCGUGCUCUUUUCACUCAUCUGUGCUCCCUUCGAUGGGUUUUAGAAAUGCCGUUAUCCAGGCACCCAUUGCUUAGCCCUGUUCUGCUUUCCCAUUCUUCUCCUCUAAGACUGGGGAGCCAGUCUUUUAUGAACCUGGGUGGAUACACAAGGCUGUGUCGUUAGGCAGCUUUAAAGCAGACAGCAUGGUGUGGUUUGAGCCCCCCUGGUCCCUAGAGUCUGACUGGAAGCAACAAGUUAGAGAGGGUUGUCAACGUGUUUUCUGCACAACUCUAACCUGAGUGUCCU